CUGGCUCGGGGGCGCUGCCCUCUGGCUGCUGCUCGGUGUGCGCCGCUCGCUGGACUCCCUCGCCCCGCAGCAUGGACUCGGCUCGCCGCCUGCUGCCCCUCGGGCUCUGCAUCGCCCUGUGCCUGUGGGGCACCGUGGCCCAGAAUCAUGGCGUACAAGGUACCACUGAGGACUGCAACAUGUAUAUGCUGUGCCCAACAAACGCCAAGUGUGUGAACAACACCCACUGCGCCUGCCUGAAUGGAUACCAGCCACAUGGGAAUCACUCCUUCACCGACCCAACAGAGACCUGUGACGAUAUUAACGAGUGUCUGGGGCCGAGCGUGCCAGACUGUGGACGCAACGGAAACUGCAACAAUGUGCCUGGGAGUUACUACUGCACCUGCAGUGAUGGCUACAACUCCAGCUCUGGGAAAGCCAACUUCAUGAAAGCGAGUGAGAACAGCUGCCAGGAUAUUGACGAGUGUCAGGGCCCGAGCCCGGUAGACUGCGGAUCCUACUCAAACUGCACCAACAUGCCUGGGAGUUACAACUGUACCUGCAGCAAUGGCUACAAGCUCAGCUCUGGGAAAGCCAACUUCAAGAACGCGAGUGAGAACAGCUGCCAGGAUAUUGACGAGUGUCAGGGCCCGAGCCCAGCAGACUGCGGACACCACGCAAACUGCACCAACGUGGCUGGGAGUUACUACUGCACCUGCAGUGAUGGCUACGAGUCCAGCUCUGGGAAAGCCAACUUCACACUCGCGAGUGGAGACAGCUGCCAGGACAUUGAUGAGUGCCAACGAAACGCCACAAUCUGUGCACCCCACGGGAACUGCAUCAACAUGCCAGGGACUUACAUGUGUAAAUGCAGUUGGGGAUUUGGGAAGAGUCAAAAGGAUACGGCUAAGAUCUGCACAGACAUCCACGAGUGCAACAAGACCCCAGAUAUCUGUGGCCCCAACGCCACGUGUGUCAACACCAAUGGAAGCUACUGGUGUAAGUGCCGGGCCGGCUACGUCCCCUCCAACAGGAACACGACCCUGUGCACAGAGCUCACCUGCCCCCCGCUGCUGGGUGAUGUCAACGCUGCCGGAGCCAAGAACCUCCUGGGCAGCUUCCAGGCACAGGUGGGACAUCUCUGCAACACAGCGCUGAAAAAGCUGAAGCAGAUAAACUCUCAGAACGCUGAGGAGAAGCUGCAGGGCUUCUUGGACAUUCUGGAGAAGCAGAUAAAUUUGGUCAGGCAGCAGGGUGAGAGCGUGGAGUGGAGACACCAGAUCGCGACGGAGCUGAUGGCCAUCAUGGAGACGCUGCUGAGAACGCUGGCCCUGACCGUACGUGACAGAAUGAUCAGCAUUGCAUCCCCCAGCGGCACAGAGCUGGGGCUGGCGGUCAGGCAGGCUGGGAUCCAGAGCCAGGAGACUGUGACGCUGCAGCAGAGCAAGACGCAGAUGGAAUUAAAGUGGGCCGGAGCCCCAGGGCAGAAAAAUGAAGGCUUCACGCUGGCUGGGCUGCUGACAUACCAGGGAAUGAGCCCCAUCCUGGAAGGUGCUGGGCGGGUGGAGGCGCCCGCGUGGGAUGAGAUCGGCCGGAUGGGGAAGAGGGCACGGGAGCCAGGACGGCCCAGCUACCGUGUGCUGUCUCCAGUGGUGUCGGCCUUCAUCAGUGACCCGAACCCCAAGGCACUUGACCUCUCUGCCAGCAUCCACUUCAGCCACCCGGUGCCGGAGAAUAAGAUCGACCUGCGCCUCCUCUGUGCCUACUGGGAGCCUGGCAGCAGGCGCUGGGCCACCGAUGGUUGCACCCUGCAGAAGUUGAACGCCACCAUCACCCGCUGCCAGUGCAACCACCUGACCAGCUUCGCCGUGCUCAUGGCCUUCUACGAGCUGGAGGACUGGACCCUGGACAUCAUCACCAAGGUGGGGCUGGUGAUCUCGCUGCUGUGCCUGCUGCUGGCCAUCAUCACCUUCCUCUUCUGCCGCGCCCUCAAGGGCCCCCGCACCACCAUCCACCUGCACCUCUGCCUGGCGCUCUUCAUCGCCUACAGCAUCUUCCUCACCGGCACCUCCAGCACCGGCAACAGGGUACCCGGCUCUCCCUCCUCGCCAGCCUCGGGCCCUGCUCCCCACAGCGUGAGGGAUGAGUACCGCAGGUGGCUGAGUUGCGGUGGCCUCAAGAGAGCAGCCAAGUCCUCCGAGUUCUCCAGCUUGACCACCACGCGGGGACUGCAGCAUCAGCCACCGCCCUUGGCUUCCAUGACGGUACGACACGGCCUGAGCUAA